AUGAGCGAGCAACUUCCAGUACCCAUUGCCAUCAUUGGCAUGAGUUGUCGGUUCCCAGGCGGAGCCAACGACCCAGACAAGCUUUGGGAAAUGGUUUCGAACGGCCGAACUAGCUGGACCGAUGUCCCCGAAGAUCGCUGGCGGUGGAAGAGUUUCUACAAUCCACAUCCCGAAGCUAAUGGGGCACACAAUGCUCGCGGUGGAUGCUUCCUAGAUUCCGACAUCUCUGAAUUCGACGCAGGUUUCUUUGGCAUCCCCCCCGCGGAGGCUACUGCAAUGGACCCGCAGCACCGAUUCCAGAUAGAGUCUGCUUUCGAAGCCCUCGAGAAUGCAGGUAUUCCGGUCGAGACACUCAAAGGAACAGACACAGCAGUGUUCACUGCAAUUGCUAGUCGUGACUACGACAGAAUGGCAUACAAAGAUACAAGCGAUAUCGCCAAAUACCAUCUGACGGGUUGUGGAGAUCCAACGCUUUGUGGCCGGAUUUCAUAUCUAUUCGACCUCAAAGGCCCAUCUGUGACACUCGAUACUGGAUGCUCUGGGAGCUUAGUGUGCUUACACCAGGCUUGCACAAGUCUUCGAACCGGAGAGUCUAAUAUGGCCAUAGUUGGGGGGACUCACCUAUUGCUCGGGCCCGACCUGACAAUUGCCAUGAGUCUAUUGCACAUGAUAAACGACGAUGGUCGAUGCUACUCUUUUGACAGCCGCGGCGCUGGAUAUGGUCGGGCUGAGGGUGUUGCCACUGUGAUCUUGAAGCGACUUGAUGAUGCCAUUCGCGAUGGACAUCCAAUUCGAGCCGUCAUUCGUAACACCGGAACAAACUCGGACGGUAAAACUAAUGGAAUUCUUCUUCCAAGCUCCGCUGCCCAACAACGUUUGAUGCAAUCAACGAUAAACGCUGCAGGUAUCAACCCACUUGACGUAGGCUAUGUCGAGGCACAUGGUACGGGAACACAAGCCGGAGAUGCCGCAGAAACGGGAUCUAUCAGUCGUACUUUCAGCGACGACGGUAAGCGGGAUAGUACUCUAUUUAUCGGAAGUAUCAAAGCGAAUAUUGGACACCUGGAGGCUACUAGCGGACUUGCCGGUUUGAUCAAGACUGUUCUGAUGCUCGAGAAAGGGCUCGUGGCGCCGGUACCUAAUAUCGUAGAGAUGAAAGAGGGACUUUCCCUGGGGAGCCAUAUCAAGAUUCCACGCGUGUUAGAGACAUUUCCUGGUCCACGACCAGGCAGCACUGAGAAUGUGCGACUAGCCGCAAUCUCAUCAUUUGGAUUUGGAGGGUCCAACGCGAGUGCAGUCCUUGCAUCAGCAACAACCGUGGAGGUGGACGUGAAGCGAAUACUCCCGAACAGCGCCAACAGCGACAAAGUAACACAUAGACAUACCAACGGCAUCUACAAGAAUGGUUCAAUCGAGGAUAAUGGCAACCGACCAGAACUCAUUGCUCUAUCGGCCAAGUCUGAGAAGUCGUUGCGGUCGAUCCUCACCAAUCUUCGUAUUUGGCUAGCCGAGAAUCAGGAGAACAAGGAGAACACGAUCACGAUCUCGGAUCUCGCGUAUACUCUAGCGGUGCGGCGCUCAAAGAUGCAAUGGAGAUGGACAGCGAUUGCCAGUGAUUUUCAGACUUUAACCGCGUCGCUUGAUGUGUCGAAUUCUCCACGAAUUGUGCGUGUAGCACCAGAAGUCCGUGUGGUGUUUCUCUUCACAGGACAAGGGGCGCAGUGGUUUGCCAUGGGUCGGGAGCUCAUCGGAGCCUAUCCGACAUUUCGUCGAUCAUUGGAGCGCUCGGCCCAAGCGCUAUCCCGACUCGGAGCGUCCUGGGACCUCUUGGGCGAACUCAUGCGUGACGAGACUACAUCUCAAAUCAACAAGAGUGAAUUCUCUCAACCCAUCUCAACUGCUGUUCAAAUUGCUCUGGUCGACCUUCUCACAGAGCUUUCUAUCGUUCCCCAAGCCGUCUUGGGCCAUUCAAGUGGUGAGAUUGCUGCUGCUUAUGCUGCAAGGUUCCUGGACCAUGAAACAGCUCUUGCGAUAUCAUAUCAUCGCAGCUUCAUCUCGUCAUGGUGCAAAGAAGAUGUCAGGGGCGAAGGCACCAUGAUAGCCGUUGGACUAGGUGAAGCAGACGUUUCAUUAUACUUGAACCGUGUUCAGAAUGGCACUGCAGUCGUCGCUUGCUCGAAUAGCCCAGCGAGCACCACUGUUUCUGGCGACGAAACCGCCAUUGAUGAGCUAAAAGAUCUUCUUGAUCUCGACUCUGUCUUCAACCGAAGGCUACAAGUGGAUACCGCCUACCACUCACACCAUAUGCAAAUGGUCGCCGGUAGAUACAUGGAUGCUAUGUCUGAGAUCCAUAACGCCGUGGCUUCCCAACAGUCCAACGGUUCAGCCUCAGGUACUCGGUUCUUCUCAUCGGUGACCGGUCACGAGAAAUUUUCGGAUUUUGGAGCUGCCUAUUGGGUUCAGAAUCUGGUAUCAAAGGUACAAUACAACGGCGCUUUAAAGCAGUUGAUCAACAAGGUUGGAGCUCAGAGCAUCGGUGCUCCGCCGUAUGUUUUCACAGAGAUUGGGCCCCAUGGUGCACUUUCUGGGCCAACUCGCCAGACUUUGAGCCACGUCGAAAUAGGAGCUCUCAAAUACACAUACGCUUCGUGUUUAACAAGGGGUCGAGACGGCAGGAACACUAUUAUGGAGCUGGCCUCAAGUCUAUUCAUCCAGGGCUACCCAAUUGAGCUGCCCAAAUUACUGAACGAGACCCAGAAAUAUCAAGUAUUAAAAAAUCUAGCCCCAUAUGCUUGGGAUCACUCAAAUCAAUAUUGGCACGAAUCUCGAUUGAGCAAAGACUAUCGCAUGCGAAAUCAUGCUCCCCAUGAGCUGCUUGGAUUGAAGGUUGUGGGCACAAGCUAUCUCGAACCAACCUGGAGGAAUGAUCUCAGCGCCUCAAGUCUUCCAUGGAUUCAAGAACACAUCAUCGACGGUUUUGCCCUGUUUCCAGGAGGUGCCUUCCUCUGUAUGGCAAUGGAAGCUAUCAACCAAAUGGUUGUUGACCGUCAGAUUCCCGGUAAAAUCAACAAAUAUCUUAUGAAAGAUGUCAUUUACUCAAAGGCGCUCGUCGUCCCUGAUGCCCCUGCCAAGAUAGAGAUCCAGCUUACUCUUCGACCCUCAAAGGGCUUGACCGACAAAAACGCAACUACUUGGGAAGAUUUUAGAAUCACUUCUUAUGGUAGUGACUGCACCUGGAGUGAGCAUUGCCGAGGGUGUAUCACCGUUGAAUUUGAUCCGGUCUGUGAAGAAGAUAAUGAGGCGGUCAAGGAAGAAAAGCUUACCGCACUGGCCGGUAUGGAACUGAUAUCUAGACUGAAGUCUCAAUGUUCCGAGGGUGUCGAGCCACAAGAUUUUUAUGACAGCCUUCGUUUGAAUGGCAUCGACUACGGACCGAAUUUCUCGAUUUUGACGGAUAUGAAAGUUGGACCUUGUAAAGCUCUCGGUACCAUUAUCAUUCCCGACGUCUCAGCUUGUAUGCCGUCUGGGUAUCAACAGGCGCAUAUUAUUCAUCCUGCUACAUUCGAUGCCAUGAUGCACAUCGUUCUCCCUCUAUACAGUCGUCAUUGCAGCAAGGGGCCUGUCAUGCUCAUUUCCGUAGACGAAGUGGUUGUCUCAACAAAGAUUUCCUCUCAAGCUGGGCAUAAAUUACUGGUUGGCUGUGAGCUUUCUCCGGCUGGCUCACGUUCCGGUAUGGUGGAAUGGACUAUCUUUCAGAAAGCUGAGGACUCUCAAUAUAUUCCUGUGGUAAACCUUAGGUGUGGAGAGUUCCGCGGUAUUGGUGAAGGCCAGAUGGCGGGCCCUGAUCUGGGCCUGGAAGACACUCCUCCGUUGAACCUACACUGGGACUCGGACGUUGAUCUCCUUUCACCAAACCACUUUCAAGAAACUCGAACAUCUAAUGAAAAGUCGAGUCAUCUCAGCGAGCUCUAUCUUGCCAAGUAUCUGGCGAAGUUGGCUUUCAAAAGGCCUCAACUCAAGAUCAUCGAUAUUGGAGCUAGGGCCAGCGACUCAACUUUAGCGAUACUAGAGGCUUUGAAGCUAGAUUUAGAUUCAACCGAUCGUACUCAGCUCCUUGAAAGUUACGAAUACACAGACCAUUCACCAGGGAUUUUCGAGAAAGCACCAACUCUUCUCAACGAGUGGCAGCACAUAUUGAAUCACAAAACUUUUGACAUAUCGAGAGAUGCGGCCUCGCAGAACCUCGUUGAGAACUCAUAUGAUGUCGUUAUCGCUGGAAAUGCCACAAUGGAGAAGCACCAGAUCCGGCAAAUGUUUGAAAUUGUUAGAAAACUUCUUAGGACAGGGGGACAAAUGAUUGUCAUUCCAAACACAGGAGCAGCGGCACAAUCUUUACUUUCUGUGGAUGAAUGGAAUGAACAUCUAUUGGCCACUUCUUUUGAAAGCAUGAACCUAAGAAUCAACGACUAUGGCGGGGUAGCUGACACCGAGCCUGUCAUAAUCAUGUCGAAGGCAAUAGCCUUGAAUCGGAGCAGUAUAACAUUUUCUCGUCCGGUUGAAAUCAUUUCUCGGUCUUCCUCCACCGAGCUAGAGAAAUUCGGAGACGAACUGCACUCUUACAUGCUGCAGAGUGGAUUGGAUGCUUCACAUAGAUCUUGGUCAUCUUUCUUCCAACAAAGCGACUGUUUGCGUGUCAUUCUAGAUGAUGCCACCGACCCUUACCUUGACGACCAUGCUGUCUCUCGAUUUCAGGAUGUCUCUACUCUUAUGAAAGCGUCAAGCAAUAUCUUGUGGGUCUCUUAUUCUGCCCACUUGAAAACUCUGCCAAAAACGUCAACAACCAUGCUGGCGCGUAUGGCACGAAAGAACAAUAACGACAUCAAGUUUGUGACUUUCGACAUCCAAGACAACUUUGAUGAUGAUCUCCCCACCAUUAUACGCGUGAUAAAUGACAUUUCACACGAGUUUACCAAACAACACCACAGCAAUAAUCCGACGGAGUCUACAUACGUGUAUCAACAUGGACGGGUACUCAUCCCCCGAUUUAUGCCAGACUUCAAGUUCUGUCAAUGGAUAUAUGAUUCAACCCAAAAUGCAAACUUCGUUACAGACCGUUUUAGAUCAAGCAGUCGACGAGUCAGACUUCAUGUAGAAACACCGGGACUGCUCGAUAGUCUCAUCUUUGUCGAUGAAAACGACUCGUCAAAGCCACUUGACCCAUCUGAAGUUGAGAUUGAAGCUCACGCAUUUGGGGUUAACCGAAAAGACGUGAGCAUCGCAUUGGGUCGCUCCAGGCCUCUUUCAAAGAUGGUUGGAGAGUUCUCGGGAGUUGUGACGGCGGUUGGCUCUGAUGCUGGGCAAAAUUUCGAGAUAAAUGACAAAGUCUGUGGUUUUGGUGGAACUCCCUAUGGCAACCAUGUUCGUGUCAAUCCCAAUCUAUUACACAAAUUACCAAAUAUGGUCAAUUUUACCGAAGGGGCAUCGAUUCCUUACGCUUUUGCGACGGCGUGGACUGCUCUCGUUGAGGUGGGCCAGCUUGAGGCAAAUCAGCAGGUCUUGAUUCAUUCUGCGGCUGGAGCAAUCGGUCAAGCAGCUCUAAUAAUCGCAAAUCACAUUGGAGCGGAAAUAUUUGCAACUGUUGGCAGCCCUGUCAAGCGUCAGCUUCUCAUAGACAAGUUUAACAUACUUGACAGCCACAUCUUCUCCAGUCACUCUGCAACAUUCAAAACUGGAAUCAAGCGACUUACAUAUGGACGAGGCGUCGAUGUAGUGCUCAACUCGCUUUCGGGCGACUCUUUAUUCGAUACAUGGUCAUGCGUUGCCGACUUUGGUACAUUUAUUGAGAUUGGAAAGUUGGGCAAGAGCCAGAUAUCUACAGAACCGUUUGAUCGAAACGUUACCUUUGCUUCAGUCGAUAUGAGUCUCAUGGCGAAACACCAACCACAAAAGGUUAAGAAGAUCUUAGCGAAGGUCAUGAAUCUAUUUGAGACAGGUCAACUACGCGCAGUGUCGCCCAUUCAAGCUCUACCAAUAUCGGACCUAGUUCCAGCCUUUCGUUUGAUUCAAGGUCGUAAGCAUGUUGGUAAAAUUGUUUUAACAGCCGACCAUGACGCUAUAGUCAAGAUGUCACCACCAAAACUGGACGGUCUGAAGCUUGACGCAGAUGCCACUUAUUUGGUACGCGGAGGAGCUGUUGGUCUAGCCAUUUCCAUAGCUGACUUUCUGGUUUUGAAAGGGGCAAAAAACGUGGUUAUUAUUACCUCAGAGGCUGAUCGUGCCAAGGAUGAAUUGCCAUCCGAACUUGAGGAUCUAGUACACAUCAAAGGAUGUGACCUCGCCAAUCACGACCAUUCGGAAGCUGCAUUCCGUUGGUGUUUUGAUAGCUUUUCCACCGUCAAGGGAGUCAUUGAUUGUGGUACAGUGGAUCAUUCAAUACAGGCAUAUGGUGCCCAAUCUCAGCAAGCUAUCAACACAUCUGAUACAUUAUUUCGCAACAUCGGAAACAGAGUGUUAGAAUUCUUCGUUUUCUUAAGAUGGGAAAACAUUCAUUCUGCUUUACAUGAUGACGCUAUCGACAUUUCCACCAGUGCUAAUAGUGUAGCAUCCGUUCGCGAGAACUUAGACCGUCACCCCAACUUCAUGUUUCUCAGUCUAGGAGCUAUCGAGGGCAUGGGCCCAAACGAGCCGAGCCCUCAAAAAGACCCAAAAGGUAGCACACCUAUCAGGUUUGAAGCAUUCCUUAAGGUACUUGAGUAUAGCAUAAGCAACCGAAAUCAUCCUGGGAGAAAGCAUGAUGUGGUCAUGGGCUUCAACCGACAGUCAUUGCUUGAUCAGCAAAAGGUUUCCGAGCUUAGAGACCCGCUAUUUGCGCAUCUUCCAUACCCGGCUAAGAAUGGCAUCCAAGUUUCAGAUGGAAAAGCAACUACCUCAGUAACUAUCGAGCAAAGCAUACUUGCCUCGCAAAGCGAUGAAGAGACGCGCGCGAUUAUUGCUGACGCAAUCAGAGUGAAGAUCGCUCAACUCGUCGCGCUUGAUUACGAUGAGAUUGGAUUGGACAUGCCAUUGGAAGGUUUUGGUCUCGAUUCUUUAGUGGCUAUUGAAUUCAAAAACUGGAUUGGGCGAAAUAUCUCCGCUUCCAUGCAAACAUCAGAGAUUCUAGACACUCCCAAUAUUCAUACACUAUCACAAUUAGUUAUGGAAAGAUCGAUAUUAGUCAGCGGUAGAGAUCAGGUUCUUGCAGCUCCAGAAAUCAAUGGAGAGCAGCUAGAAGAAGCGCAGAAGUCGACAACAAAACCAGCCUUGAGCCAGACUCUAGAUGGUGUCCAAGUGUCCGGAACAAAUGCUUUACCUGAGCUGCCGCUUCCGGAUCCGAAGACCACUCUCAAAUUAUGGCUCGAAUCUAUUCGACCUUUUUGUGCUCCAAAAGAUAUUGAACGCAUUUCUCAAAAGAUCGCAGAUUUUCAAAAGACAGGAGGGGUCGGACCUCAAACUCAGAGACGUCUUUUGGAGAGACACAACGACUCAACGGGGGAUAAUUGGCUUUCGGAAAUCUACAACAAAGAGAUCUGGCUCCGCAAUCGUAGUCCUCUGGUCCCUUUCAGCAGCUACUUCUUCUCCCACCCAUUGAGUAGCUUCCAACAUCAUCAAGCCGAACGAGCAGCUAUCAUAGUGAAAGCCUCAUAUGAGUACAUGCAGAAGGUUAACGAUAACGAUUUACCUCCAGUAUAUCUGAAUGAGCAACUUCUUUGCGCGGAAUCUAAUAAGUGGCUUUUCAAUACUUUGCGGAAACCAUGCUUUGAGAGAGAUGAGAUGCAAAGCUUUCCAGACGACGAUUAUAUUGUCAUUCUCAGCCGUGGUAGAGCUUUCAAGGUGCAGCUCCAGAAUGGUGUGUCCUUGAAAGAACUUCAAAGUAUCUUUCAGGACAUUUUAGAUACGACACAAGACAGCGAUAUCCGCGAGUCAAUAAUUUCCGAAAACGUAUCAAAUAAGGAGUAUAUCCAUUUCAUCGAAGCAUCCGCAUUCGUAAUCUGUCUCGACGAAGCAGCUCCAAGCAACCCGAUCGAGCGAGCCCGCCAUUUCCAUUUUGGAGACGGCUCAAAUCGAUGGAACGAUAAGUCGGUCCAGUUCGUCAUUUGUAGCAACGGUAUCUCGGCCAUUAUAGGAGACCACACAAUGCUCGACGCCUCCACAGCCAACGGCCUAAAUGAUUUCGUAAUAGACGCCAUUCUCCAGCACCCCAAAGACACAACCACACCUUUCCAUUCACCUCUCACAGCCCCUCAAGAAUACACUCUCACCUCCACCCCCACCCUAAUCAAACACAUCACAAACCUCAAACAAAACUUUAGCACAACAACCGCUUCCUACGAACAUGCCUUCUUCACCCUCCCACAGCUAGGCUCCCAUCAUCUCCGCGCCCACCGACUUCCCCCCGCCUCCGCGCUUCAAAUCCUCGUCCAGCUCGCCCUCUCCCGCUACUUCGCGCAGCUAACGCCCUGUUGGGAAACCGUAUCGCUAGGCACUUUUCGUCGCGGACGCGUGGAUAUCGUGCAAACGGUCUCACCACCCGUCGCUACCUGGAUUGCAAGUCUCGCCAAGCCCGAAAUUUCCAGGAAACAGAAAGGGCGGCUCUUCGCUGAAGCUUGCAGAGCGCAUUCCGCGGGGAUAGGACGGGCGUUUCGAGGGAAAAGUUAUGCGCGGCAUCUGCUUGCGCUGAGAUGCUUUGCCGAGGAGACUGAUGUGCGAAGAGGGCUAUUGGAUGAUGAGAUUUUUGAGAGGAUGAGGCCGAAGAAGGCGUUUUCGAAUUGUCACAGCUCGAGGAGUGCGGAGAAGGGUUGUGUGUUAGAAGACAGGGAGGGCGUGUGGUUGCAUUUCGAGGUCGAGGAUGAGUUCACGAGGUUCUCUGUGACGAGUGGUGUGGGCAACACGGCGCGGUUUCAGAAAGUGUUAGUCGAGGCCGCAGGGGAUGUGAUGGGGAUUCUCGAGGGUGUUGACCGCGAUGGAGAGGAUGCGCAUUCACAGUAA